UAUGACGCCUUACUUCCCAUUAAAUUGCUCGCAACAGUCUCCUUAUUCACGUAGAGCUAGUGCCUUCCUCUCCUUUCUCUAGAGAAUCGCCAUGGCUAUGAUCUCCAGAAACACCGCCACGCGCCUCCCUUAUCUCCUCUCUCAACGCGCCGCCUCUCUCCACACCACUCUCCCCUGUCUUUCAUCUUCCUCUUCACCCGCUUCAUACUCUCGUCCUUCACCUCCCUUGCACUCGCCCUCGGCCCCGCCCCCUGCCCUAUCCAAGACUGCAGAAUACGUCAUCUCUAAAGUGGAUGAUGUCAUCAACUAUGUCCGCCGUGGUUCUAUCUGGCCUAUGACCUUCGGCCUCGCCUGCUGCGCCGUCGAGAUGAUGCACACAGGAGCCGCUCGUUAUGAUCUCGACCGUUUCGGUGUCAUUUUCAGGCCCAGCCCUCGCCAGUCCGAUUGUAUGAUCGUCGCUGGCACUCUCACCAACAAGAUGGCCCCUGCGCUUCGCAGGGUUUAUGACCAAAUGCCGGAACCCAGGUGGGUCAUUUCCAUGGGAAGCUGUGCAAAUGGUGGUGGAUACUACCAUUACUCUUACUCUGUUGUUAGGGGUUGUGAUAGGAUUGUCCCUGUGGACAUCUAUGUUCCAGGUUGCCCUCCCACUGCUGAGGCACUACUCUAUGGCAUUCUCCAGCUGCAGAAGAAGAUCAACCGACGCAAGGAUUUUUACCAUUGGUGGACCAAAUGAGAAUAUCUCAAGUUGUUUUUACACUCAUAUGGACUAAUAAAAUCCACCUAUUUUAUCUGUUCACUGGUGCAAUGUCGUGUAGAGGGCUCUAUAUGUUAAUCUAUUAUUGAAAUUACAUCAAUCAUCCUAGGAAGACCUUUUGUGGUAUUACACGAAUAAUUCAUGAAUUGGACCAUUUGUUCUAUGCAGUGGCUUCUGUCCCUGUAAAAAAUAUUUGACAGGCCUUAUCUUUCCUUUGUUUGUUAUUUAUUUAUGUAAUUUUAAGAAUAUGCUUAUGCUUUUUAGCUUAACUUUGAUGCAAUAAAAGUGAUUUAUGGCUGUAA